CACCCAAGUUCAAAGGUUCAUGGGAGAACUCACCAAUUUAAUCAGUUAUUAGCUGCCUUUCCUAUAAGCAGAUUGGAUGCAACAACAACACCGACAAAAGGAAUAUCUUAACAGACUGGCUGUCUGGGACUGAAGAAUUACAAAAACAAUCUCCACCCCAACACUGAGGAAGAGCUGAACCAAGAGCAGGAAGAUGUUUGAUAAUACACAGUACCCCUAUAACUGUUUUAAUUAUGAUGGGGAUGACUAUCCAACCUGUAGUUCUGACGAAGAGAAAAAAUUCACCAGACCAGCAUACAGCUACAUUGCCUUAAUUGCAAUGGCCAUCCAGCAAAGUCCUUCAAACAAAGUGACCUUGUCUGGCAUCUAUGAUUUUAUAAUGAAGAAAUUUCCUUACUAUAGAUCAAAUCAAAGAGCCUGGCAGAACUCCAUCCGACAUAACUUAUCACUUAACAGUUGUUUUGUAAAGGUUCCCAGAACAGAAGGGAAUGAGAAGGGGAAAGGAAACUAUUGGAGCUUUGCAUCUGGAUGUGAAUCCAUGCUGGAUCUUUUUGAAAAUGGGAAUUACAGGCGGAGACGGAGAAGAAGGAACAUGAAAAGGGAACACAAAGAGCUGAGACCAAGUGGAGGGAAAGAUCCUUCCUCCCCUGAAUCGUCUUCCAUGGAUUCUGGUUUAUACAGCAUCUCCUGUCAUGAAAGUAAAUGCGAGCCAACCGAAUCUGGACCCAGACUCUUGGAGCCUCAUGGGUUCUUUCCAAACAACACCUCCAACAGACAGAGCCUAAACAACUCCUCCCUAGGAAAAUCUGACUCUGAAAUUAAAUUUAGCAUCGAUUACAUUCUUUCAGCCCCAGACCCUUUGCCUGUUCUGAGAUCUCAGUAUCAUAUGCAAGAUAAUAAAUACCAAUUACUGGAGUCCCAAAAAAUUAAUCUCCAGUUCUGGACAAUGUGAUAUCAUUCAUACCUGGUAACAAAUUCUGUGAUACAGUCUAUACAACAGUCUAUACAAAUUCUGUGAUACAGUCUAUAUUUGGUAUCACUGAGUAUCAUCAGUUGGCCAUCUUUUUCCAAAGUAGUUCUCAGAAAGGGUGAGGAGUAACUUCAUCAGCCAGCUGAGAUGCUAUUUAUACCACAAUAACUUAGUUUUCUGAGGUUAGAGUCUAAUAUCUAACUCAUAACACUGUUGAUGACCUUGACAUCUUGUGAAACUGCAGUUUUAUUUUCUAAAAUAUCGUGGACACCAGCUUGCUUUGCAUGGAUUUUCCUUUCUUCUUUAAAUCAAUCUACUUUCAGUUUGCUUCUGUCACAUCGUACUUUGUAAAAGACAAGGGAGAUGUGACUUCACUUACACUGGUGUAAAUUAGGAUUAACUCCACUAUGUAGGCCAGAUCUUCCGCUGUUGUCAAUCCAGUGUGGCUCCAUUGAUUUAUAUCAGCUGAGAAUCUAGUAGUUUUUUUCUUAAAUUGGGUCAAGAAAACAAUUUAGCCCAUCCUAUUUUGCUACAUUCGGUAUUAUGGCUCGGACUAUUUGAGUAGUAUAUAGCAUAGGUCAGUCACUGUGCUAUUUGAUAAAUAUGCUUAUUCAUUGCAUGAUUAUGGAAUUUUUUGUUGCAAUUCAGGGCAUAAUUGCCUAGCCAGUGGAAGUGAAAUAGUGUUCCAGUUAAUUGCAUGAAAGUUAUUGCAAGGCUGCGGAACUCUGGUAAACUUUGAUGGCCGAUAUUACAGACCCACAAUAUCUAUGGUUAAAAACAAUUUUUCCUGAGAUGUAAGAAAGCCCUUGCACAUAUUUUAUAUAGUAAGCAUAAAUGAAGGAUCGGCCCUGCAAGAAACUGUAUCCACUGACAAAAUGUGGGGAAAAGUAAAGUCCCCCUACCUGCUUUGAGACAAGUUGUACAUUCCUAUUAAGUGGAUUUUUAUUGAUUCUUCCUGCAAGCAAUCACCAAAGUGGUACUUGAUACAAUUUUAGCAAAACUGGUGAGAUUUAUAAUGUAGAGACAUUGACAUUAGGAUCAUGAGCGCCAUUUAAAAUUAUUGUAGCUUGAUUACCCUAUACACUGUAGAUGGAUAUUUUUUAACAAAAAAUUACAAUUAUGUACAAUGAUAAGAUAUGACCGAUGCGUAGUAAUGUUUUUUCAAGCACAUUUUGCACAAUUAAUUGUUUUCCAUUCCCUAACGAUGGAUUCCACAGAACCCUUAUUUGUGGCUUGGCUUGACUUAACCUUGCAAACAACAAACAAACAGCCCAGGAUACUAGUUGGUGUAAUAGGCAAUUAUAUAAAGAACAAAAAUCUGUCUUUGUAACAUAAAUUCAAGGUAAACAAAGGUCACUGAGAUGAUAAGUUUAAGCAAAAUUGUGCAAAAGGUAUGCUCAGGCAUGACCUGAAUUUUUAUCCAGAAGCUUUGACAUUUCACUAAGUUAUUUUACAAUGUUGCUAAUAUAUACUGUACAUUUAUACUAUAUAUUCUUAUAUAUUGUUAUUGAGAAAGGGAGCAAUAUCACUGCACUUACAUGUUGUAAAAAUGCAUGAUGAAUGUCUUCUUGAUGUUAAAAAUAUUGCCAUCUACCUACAGCUUACCAGCAGCAGUGUUCGUUACAAAUUGGUAAUAAAUUCUUAUUUGUUUUCAACAA